AUGUGUUCUGGACCCCUGGCCUCAGGCACGAGGCCCCCCCGUCCAGGCUCGACCUCGAGCUUUAAGUACGAGCGCCUGCCUCCACACAUCCGAUUUUUGAUGAACUUUCGACAAGAAAGUAUCCACCCCGCAGUCCUUAGGGCCGGCCUGCAGAUGGGGCAGAGAAAGAUUGUUGGCUCGAACGCGCGCACUGCGGCGAUGCUGACAGCGUUUCAAAGGUUUAUUGAGGACUAUUCACCUCCCCCGUACCAGGCCGUCGACAAGCAUCUGAAACAAAUGCUGGACAGACAGAUCAACUUUAUUACGCACUGCAGACCCCACAGCAUCGCAAUGGGUGGCACCAUUCGGUGGCUCAAGCGCAAGCUCUCCACUUAUGCUUCCUUGCAACUGGAGGAGACAAGAGCGCGUCUGAGUUUGGACAUUGCCAACUUUAUCGCAUGCCGGCUGCUGAGCGCCACGCUCAUGGCUGCUUCCAUCGUGGAGCAGCAACUCAUUGAAGACGGAGAUAGCAUCAUGAUAUUUGGAAGAUCCACUGCCGUAACGUGUGCUCUUCUGCAGUCGAAGAAACAGGGGCUCCACUUCUCAGUAGUGAUGGUGGAUGUGCCGCACACCGGAGCUGGCCAGGAGGCAGCGAAAGCUUUCGCCGACACUGGCAUAUAUGUCACUUAUACGAUGCUAAAUGGCCUCUCUUAUCACAUCACGAGCAUCACCAAAGUCCUUUUGGGCUGCUCUGCCCUUCUUGCAAACGGCUGCGUUCUCAAUAGCGCAGGCGCAGCGACAGUUGCGAUGAUGGGUAAAAUGCAUGCGAAGCCGGUGAUUGUCGUGACGGAGACCUACAAGAUGUCCGAUCGAGUUAUGUUGGAUUCUUGUUCUUUUAAUGAGCUAUGUGAUCCGGCUCUGGUUUGGAGGCCCUCAACAGAGGAGCUUACGGGGCUUCCCUCGCAAGGGGUACUUAGGCCCGCAUCUGCCACGGCCUCCGCAGCUGCGGAGGGGCUGCUCGAUGGAGUGCCGGUAGUCAAUCCUGCAUAUGAUGUUACGCCCGCGCAGUUCGUGGAUUAUGUAGUAACUGAAGACGGGAUGUUCCCGGCAUCUAGCGUCCCGGGCCUCAUCUGUGGCCUCGGUAAGUCCCCUGCGCUUGCAGACUGA